AAUCCUAAGAUUCCUAACUCCCCUUAAAACAAAGAGUUGAUUGAACAAAGAACAAAUUACCCCCUUAAAACACGCGACAAAUAUAAAAUUUGUUUGUUACUCUAAAGCAUCUGCCAUAUAAGCAUGUGGGUUUCUGAUUAAUUACGCAUCCCAAUUACAUUAUUAAAUUCCAAAUUAUCUUCAAUUUAUAUAAAUAUCCGCCAUUUUCCCUCUCUUUUACUUCAAUCUAUCCACUGCAAUCCGCUGAUGCUUUAAGCAGUCUAUGUAAGCAUCCGCUGAUUGUCAGUAACAAUGAUGAGGAAGGAGAGGAUUUUGUUGUGGACAACUCAACUUCUUUUUGCAUCGCUUGUCUACGUGAGUUAUGUUCACAGGGUGGAUGCUGGGUUAACAAGCACUUUUGUUCGGUCAGAGUGGCCAGCAACUGAUAUACCUCUUGAUAAUGAGGCAUUUGCUGUUCCAGAGGGUCAUAAUGCACCUCAACAAGUACGCAUAACACAAGGUGACUAUGAUGGAAAAGCAGUUAUAAUCUCAUGGGUAACACCUGAUGAACCGGGAUCUAACAAAGUGCAAUAUGGAACAUCAGAAGAUAAAUAUGAUUUUACUGCAGAGGGGACAGUUGCAAACUACAGCUUUUACAAGUAUAAUUCUGGUUAUAUCCAUCACUGUCUUGUUGAUGGUCUUGAGUAUAACAAGAAGUACUAUUACAAGAUUGGAAGCGGUGUAUCAUCUCGCAAAUUUUGGUUUCAGACUCCUCCUGAGAUUAGUCCUGAUUCCUCAUUCAAGUUUGGCAUUAUUGGUGACUUGGGUCAGACAUAUAACUCUCUCUCUACACUUGAGCAUUACCUUGAGAGUGGCGCCCAAACUGUCUUGUUUGUUGGGGAUCUUUCUUAUGCUGACAGAUAUCAUCACAAUGACAUUGGAAUCCGAUGGGAUACAUGGGGUCGUUUUGUUGAAAGAAUUGCGGCAUAUCAGCCUUGGAUUUGGUCUGCUGGUAAUCAUGAGAUAGAAUACAUGCCUGAGCUGGGAGAAGUUGUGCCUUUUAAAUCAUACCUCCAGAGAUACACAACUCCUUAUGCAGCUUGUAAAAGCAGUAGUCCUCUUUGGUAUGCUAUCCGGCGGGCGUCUGCCCAUGUUAUUGUGCUGUCUAGCUAUUCUCCUUUUGUGAAAUACACUCCACAAUGGAGAUGGCUUAGAGAAGAACUGACGAGGGUGGACAGGGAGAAAACGCCAUGGUUGAUUGUUUUGAUGCAUGUCCCAAUUUACAACAGCAAUGAAGCACAUUUCAUGGAGGGUGAAAGUAUGCGAUCUGUCUUUGAGGAGUGGUUUGUUCAUUACAAGGUUGAUGUAAUCUUUGCAGGCCAUGUUCAUGCAUAUGAGAGAUCGUAUCGAAUCUCAAACAUACAAUACAAUGUAUCUAGUGGAGAACGUUACCCUGUCCCAGACAAAGCAGCUCCAGUAUAUAUUACUGUUGGAGAUGGUGGAAAUCAAGAAGGUCUUGCUGGAAGGUUCAGAGAUCCACAACCUGAUUAUUCAGCAUUCAGAGAAUCUAGUUAUGGGCAUUCAACAUUAGAAAUCAAGAACAGAACACAUGCUAUCUACCACUGGAAUCGGAACGAUGAUGGGAAGAAAGUGCCUACUGACUCCACAAUUCUACUGAACCAGUACUGGGCAAGCAAUAGCCGCAGAAGGAAGCUGGAGAAGCCAUCUUUUGGGGCUGCUGUUUUCUAAUGUCAAUGUUGAGGAGUGAAAUCUUGUAUUAUGUCUUGAUUAGGUUAAGAUAACAUGUUUCUGUAAUGAAGUUUCAGGUCUUCCAAACUUCCAGUUACUUUGCUGUAAUUUUAAGGUGCCUUCUUUAGUUGGAAAUCAACAUCUCAAAAGUAAAUGUCCAAUUUUUUUCUUCAAAAAA